UGCCAGCUUUGUGGCGACGCAGUGCCUCCCAAGUUCAACGUUAAAUAUACUGAGGGGACAGGAUCACGGAAGCUCUCCGCGAUUGAGCGGUCCUCGUUUGAGGUGGGAGUGGAGGGAACUCUCCGGCAAGGCUGAGGGGGAUGCGGGGCCAGCUUGAGACGUGGCUGGGAGUUGCUCGGUGACUUUCUCCCUUUGGCGCCGCUGGCAAUAAUAUGAGCAAAGUCACAGCGCGGCUCACCGAGGUCCGGGAGCUGCAGCCGCCAUGCUCACACUCAAAGGCAGCUUCAGUCUGAAGUCCCUUCUGCUAGCGGUCUGGAUCUUACAGAGCACAGGGGCUGAGCACUCUAUAGAGGAGGCAGAGGGAGAUCUGCUCUUCUUGAUGGACAGUUCUGGAAGUAUCUUGCCCUAUGAGUUCACCAAAUUGAAAGAGUUUGUUGUUGGUUUACUGAAGCCAUUCAUCAUAGGCCCCAGCGAUGUGCAGGUCAGCUUCAUGCACAUUAGUGAUGACCCAGUGGUGGAGUUUCCAUUUAAUAAGUACAUGUCGAACACUGCUCUCCAGUGGGCUCUUCUGAAUAUGAAACAGAAAUUGGGAGACACCAAUACUGGCAAGGCACUGACUCAUGCCAAAGACACCACGUUCACACAGAAAGCUGGUGCCAGAUCAGAUGUUCCAAAGGUCCUGGUAUGGCUAACAGAUGGGGUAUCAUCAGACGAUAUAUCAGAGCCCAUCCAGCUCCUCAAGGACCUCGGGGUUACAAUUUUCAUUGUUAGCACGGGCAGGGGCAAUUAUAUUGAACUAAAGGCUGCAGCUAGUGAACCAUCAGAAAGACACCUAUAUUACGUGGAUCCGGAUGAUAUGUACGUUAUUACUGAGGAGCUGCGUAACGAAAUUCUAGAGAUUAUCCAGGCUAAAAAGCUGCGGGCAUUGGACAUCACAGCGAGCAGCUUUCGCUUGUUGUGGCCCAAGCUGCUGAGCAGUGAUACAGACUAUUAUCUGAUUGAGUACACUCUGCUCACUGAGCCUCAAAGGAAAUCAUGGAAAACCGUCACUGGAGAUGAAACAAGUGUUGUUCUGCGACAGCUGCUACCAGAGACCACAUAUGAAGUGAAACUUACUCCAAUAAGUAACAACAACUAUAACAAACCCCUCGUGACAAAGGUAACUACACUGGAAGAUGAGACCAGUCCACAGAUAAUCCUAAUCUCUGAGUCACGCCCGAGAAGUUUUCGGGUCAGUUGGGCUCCGACUCUGCUCAGUGUUGCUUCCUACGAGGUUCUGUAUGGGAUCCUUCCGGCGGGUGAGCCCAGUUUACUCACCAUUGACAGCAGCCAGAACAGCACAGUCGUGAACAAUUUGGAGCCCAACACCACCUACCUGGUCACAGUGUCAGCCCUGUACCAUUCCGGCAGAACAAAAGCAUUAUCGGCAAAGGCUUGCACUCAGGACGGGAAUUCCAAAAUUGACAACAUGAAGCUUACUAACAUCAGCCCCACCAGUGUAAUAGCCUCAUGGGACCCUGCCAGAGGAACAGUGCUGCACUACAAGGUGAGGUGCACUCGUCAUCGAAGAAGCCCAUCUGUGAGAACCAUUCCAGCACAGGUCCGAAGUGUGCUAUUAACAGACCUCAUUCCAGGGACUGACAAUCGGAUUUGUGUGAAGGCAGUGUACAGAAAUGGUGCAAGGCGAGGCUUGUGCAGGACAGCACACACACCACAGCAACGAGAUUCCUUGUCAUUUAAGACACAAUCUACCAAAUCGUUCUGCAUUCAAGAGCACCAGUGCUGGUAAAAAUGGUGCAUAAAUCUUAAUGGAAGCUGUAACACAACAGGACUCAUCAAAACCAGAAACAUUUGUUAGGAUUAAUAACUUGCAGAGUUCAAUGUUGCCCAGUUGGAGGAAGGUCACCAUGUGUCAGUGUUGUACAAGCAACUGAGAUGUGUAAAUCCCCAGUAACUCAGUGUACUGUGAUUCUAGGUUCCUGGCACACUCAACUUUCCCCAUUUUAAGUCUGAUGAUCUUGGACAGUGCUCAGUGUGUAGAAUUUGGUUGAUUGUAAAGAUGACUGGAUAAUUCGCUGCUUGUUUUCACAUUCUUGUUGGGCAGGGCUGAGAUCCAUCUAAUAGUGACACUACUCUAAGAUGUCAGCCUAUUUUUAUAUAUCAAAUUGCAAAAAAUCUGGCUCAGAGGCAGGUGCUGUACCACACUUUCAGCACUAGUGUUGUUGAGAGAUUUUUUUCAGUGCCAAUAAUAUAGCUCUGCUGCUGCAAGGUUGUAUUCUGAGAAACAUCUCAAGAGGCAGCUUCACAUCCAUAGCACUUUUAUUUACUCUUCAAAAAAAAGUUUUGAAAUUAAGAUGGCCUCCUGAACAGCUAAAAAGCAUCUACUGUUUGAAAAGGGAUGACUCUGCUUGCUAGCUCAAUGUGUUGCACACGUGGGUACUGAGCCAUACAGAAUGUCCCAGGUUUGAUCCCUAGUUUGCAGUGCUUCAGUUAAUCUCAGACAGGGUGGGCAUGGGGAGAGCUGCAAGUGGCCUCAUGCCCAUCAAAGAGGUGAAAAAAGUCAGCUGUGAUUCCUUCUUCCGAUCACCAGCCCAAUGACUCCCAUUGAAAAGUGCAUGUGUGAAUGUCUGGUAAAGAACCAAUACCAAAUCCUGUGAAACAGGCAAAAUGGCACAUCUUGUAUUCUGCCAGACACGGGGCUAGGACAUUUAUACUUCUGAAAGAAAAUGCAAAUUAUAUGGAAUUUUUCAGAUCUGUGCACAAUUUUUGAAAUAGGAAAUGCUAACAUUUAAUAGCUCAGUAACUACCUAAUCCUUAUAAAACUCAGUGUAAAUUUAGCAGUUUAUAUUUGGUUUCGACAAUAUGCGUAAGCCAUUACUUGUAUCAAAUUAAAAUGUGAAUUCACAUGUACUGCUAACGGAAUGAUUCCACCAGCUGCAGCUCAUGUGUAUUUUGAAAACUAUGUGUGCUCUUUCAAUAACUUGAAAUUUCUCAUAAUGAGCUAAAUGGCCUCCUUCUGUUCCCUAGUGAUUCUAUAUUCCUGCUAAAAUAAAAAGAAGUGCAUUUGGAA